UACGGCAGUAAUCGCAUUAUCCCGCACUCCGCUGUGACUGCGCAGCCAGGGAGAGCAGCCAUGCCCGAGCCAGCCAAGUCCGCCCCCGCGCCCAAGAAGGGCUCCAAGAAGGCGGUGACCAAGACGCAGAAGAAGGGCGACAAGAAGCGCAAGAAGAGCCGCAAGGAGAGCUACUCCAUCUACGUGUACAAGGUGCUGAAGCAGGUGCACCCCGACACGGGCAUCUCGUCCAAGGCCAUGGGCAUCAUGAACUCCUUCGUCAACGACAUCUUCGAGCGCAUCGCGGGCGAGGCCUCGCGCCUGGCGCACUACAACAAGCGCUCCACCAUCACCUCGCGGGAGAUCCAGACGGCCGUGCGCCUGCUGCUGCCCGGCGAGCUGGCCAAGCACGCCGUGUCCGAGGGCACCAAGGCUGUCACCAAGUACACCAGCUCCAAGUAGGGCGCCUCGGACCGUCACUCUCAACCCAAAGGCUCUUUUAAGAGCCACCAAU